AUGGUCGGCUUCCAACAACAACGUCGUUUAAAGGAGGAGCAAAAUAGCAGGGAGGAGAGAGCGCAGGACGGCACAACGGCUAACAGUAUCGGCAACACUGCAGCUGCAGCUGCAGGUGCAGUGGGACAGCAGCAACAUGGGUCGUUGUCGAAUGGCAGAGCGAACUCGCCGAGGGCAAGAUUGGCGAUGCUGAAGCGGUCAUCCACCAAGUGCAAAGCGUUAUCCAGUAAUGAUCCGUUUCGAUUCCAAGGGAAUGGCGUAGAUUUCAAAGGUAAGUUGAUCGGCGUUCGAGAUGUUGAUGAAGCUCGUGGUGACACAAUGUGUGCCGAAGCGAUGAGACUUGCGAAAGCGGCUGUUAAAAGUGCGGGCCAUCAUAAACAACGAAUUAUUCUCAAUAUAUCAAUUGAAGGCCUCAAAAUUAAAGAUGAAAAAACUCAAACAAUUCUGCACAAUUUCCCUGUUUCACGGAUCUCGUUUAUAGCUCGAGAUACGACAGAUGCACGUGCAUUCGGUUUUAUUUACAGUUGCUCGGAUAACAAAUACAAAUUUUAUGGAAUUAAAACGGCGCAAACGGCUGAUCGUGCAGUCCUAUCAAUUCGUGAUAUGUUCCAAAUAGUUUUUGAAAUGAAAAAAGCGCAUCUUGCUGAAGUAAAACAAAAGCAAGAAGAACAACAAAAGCGAGAAUCGGGAACGAUAGAUGGCGUACGGAUGGAUAAUGGUGUUGCGGUAGCAGAUUUACUAGACUUGGAAUCUGAGCUUCAUAACAUUGAACAAGGUUAUAAUCAGUUGCAAAAUAUUCCGACAUUCGCAGAAGAUUCUUGGCCUACCAGUGAUGUUUUUACUAACGCACAGCCAUCAACACCUUUUCUUCCAUCUUCAACUGGAACCGUUGCACCGUUACCACCACCUCCUGUUUCAUCAUUUGCUCAGAAAAAUCCAGCAGACCCUUUCGAUGAUAGCUUCAAUCCUCGGUCUCUUCCGACAGUUCCGCCACCCGGAAAUAUUCCACUAAAUGCUUUUGACGUCCAGCAACCACCUUCUCUUUCAACACAGCCACUGACAACUUUGUGGUCGUAUCCUGAUCUUUUUACAUCUUCUAUAAACAACCGUCCCAUUGCUUUCUCGGAGACAAAUCCGUUUGUUUCAUCAGUACAGGGUACUACUAAAGCAAGGAUAGAACAUGAUCCAUUUGAUACACAACAAGCGCAGCAAGUUCUGAAAGGUUCUGCAUCUUAUACCCUUCCUACGGCAGUUUCUUGGUCGACAAAUGAAAAUACCAUACCUCCAACAGGCACUGAUCCAAGAAUGUUUUCUCAGUGGACAGAAAAGAAGAGAGUGUCAACUCUGGAGGAAGCAUUCAAUAAACUAGUUGAUAUGGAUACGCUUAUUUCCAAUUCGGAACUAAAGAAAAAUCCCUUUAAUGAACUGAUGAUUCCACCAAAAAGAGUAUCGAUAGAUGUAAUGACAUCAAAUGCGACGGCAGCAGCACCAACACCGAUAAUGACGGGUUCGUCACGGGCACCGUGUAUAUCCACUCGAACUUCUGCUCCUUUGGUUGUUUCAACCACUUCUAACAAUGAUCCAUUUAAUGAUGAAUUUUUCAAUUAA